AUGAGCAGCCAACUCCUGCUCCUGGCUGUGCUCCCGGCGCUCCUGCGUCCUCCAGCUGCCACGGCACAGAAGAGGAGCCAAGCAGUGUGUGAGGAUGUGCUGGAGGCUGACAUCGCCUUCCUGGUGGAUGGCUCAUCCAGCAUCGGAAGGAACAACUUCCGUGCUGUCCGCACCUUCAUGGAGGAGCUGGUGGGGCCCUUUGUGCAGGUGGUGGGUGAGAAGGCAGUGCGCUUUGCCAUGGCACAGUACAGUGAUGACCCACGGGUGGAGUUCUCGUUCUCCCAGCACACUGAUGGCACAAGUGUCCGGAGGGCCAUCCAGCAGCUGAGCUACAAGGGUGGCAAUACUCGCACGGGCGCUGGCUUCCGCUACAUUGCUGACAACUUCUUCAGCCCCACGCAGCGCCGGCCUGGGGUCCCCCAGAUCUGCAUUCUCAUCACGGAUGGCAAGUCCCAGGAUGAUGCUGAGGGGCCGGCAGCGAAGCUGAAGAGCCAGGGUAUCAAGGUCUUUGCUGUGGGUAUUAAGAAUGCUGACCGCAAGGAGCUGAUCCGUGUGGCCUCGAUGCCUACUGAUGCCUUCUUCUUCUACGUUGGUGAUUUCAAGCUGCUGGACACGCUGGUGCCACUGAUAACACGGAGGGUGUGCACCACUGUUGGGGGCACCCUGCGCCUGCUGGGUUCCACAGAUGGGCCAAGCCACACUGGCCCCUCCAACCUGGAGAUCCCAGAGCGGGGCCUGGAUCAUCUGCGGGUCCGCUGGAGGGCAGCCAGUGGCCCCAUCACUGGCUACCGGGUGCAGUACGUGCCACUGACAGGGCUAGGGCAGCCCAUCCUGGCAGAGAGGCAGGAGGUGAGCGUGGGGCCACGGGAGACAAAUGCUGUGCUGCGGGGACUGCGCGUUGGGACAGAGUACCUGGUCACUGUCACCGCCCAGUACGCCAACAGCAUCGGCGAGUCCGUGUCCGGCCGAGCACGGACCCGGCACCUGGUGGGCGUGCAGCACUUGACAGUGCACAACGUGUCAGCACAGAGCAUGCUGCUGGCCUGGCAGCCUGUCAGUGGCGCCACCGGCUACCGCCUCUCCUGGGCAACCCGCACAGGGCAGGACAGGCACAGGGUGGACCUGGACGCCGGGCAGAUGUCACAUGCCUUGGUGGGGCUGCAGCCCAACACUGACUAUGUGGUGACGGUGGCCCCACUCUUCAGGCAGCUGGAGGGGCCCGCAGCCACUGUGCGGCAGAGGACAGAGGCAGGUACAGACCAGACACUGCAGACCAACAUCCUGGGCCCCACAUCCAUCCAAGUGCUCUGGACCAGUGCCCGUGAUGCUCGUGGCUACCGUCUGGAGUGGAAGAGAGCCACAGGACCAGAGCCCCCCAGAACAGUGUCUCUCCCCAGCAGCACCAAUACUUACCAGCUGACGGGGCUGAAGCCGGGCACCGAGUACCGCAUCACCCUCUACACACUCUAUGAUGGUGGGGAGGUGGCCACCCCUGUCACCACCUUUCAGACAGGCGUGGAGGCACCCGUGGGUGCUGUGUCAGACCUGCGGCUCAUUGAGGAAUCGGGCAGGCGGGUACGGCUGAGCUGGACCGCUGUCCCCGGUGCCACCGAGUACAAAGUGGUGCUGCGCAACAGCCAGGGUGAGUCUAGGAUGAGGCGCAUCCCCGGCAGCCAGACGGGGCUGGAGCUCGGUGACCUCCGGGAGGGUGUCCCCUACCUGGUGCGUGUCUCAGCACUGGCAGGCGGCCAGGAGGGCAGUGCUGCCACGCUCACCGUCCGCCUCAAGUAUCCAGAGGUGGGCAGCAUUUCGGAUCUGCGGGUGAUGGAGGCCGGUCCCAGCCAGCUGCGGGUCACCUGGCGAGGGCUGCCAGGUGCUGGGGGCUACCUGCUGACGUGGCAAGGCAGUGACGGUCUGAAGAAAUCCCGCUUCCUCCCUGCUGACCCCACCACCUUCACCAUCGAUGGGCUGCACGCCAACAUUGUCUACACCGUCAGUGUCUCAGCCAUUGUGGAUGGCCGUGAGGGCAGCCCCGUCACUGCCACAGGACGGAUAGUGCCAGAGCAGGUGGGGAAGGUGACCCAGCUGGAGGUGCAGGCAUCCAGGAGCAAUGUUGCCCGUGUCACUUGGGUCGGUGUGCCGGGAGCCACUGCCUACCGUGUGGUGUGGAGCCGCAGGGACGGGGGUUCGGAGAAUAGCCGGCGAGUUCCUGGCCACACCAACUCCUUUGACAUCCCCAACCUGGAGGGAGGCGUCUCCUACACCGUGAAGGUGACGGCACUCAUUGGAAACCGGGAAGGCAACCCCGUCUCCAUUGUCGUCACCACCCCGGAGGCAGCCCCCCCACGCCCUGUCAGCGGCUUCCAGGUGACCGAGGCCUCGGAGCACCGCCUGCGCCUGACCUGGCUGCCAGUGGCUGGCAGCACUGGGUACCGCCUGUUCUGGCGCCUGGCUGAAGGGGGGCCCCAGCACAGCCAGCAGCUCCCAGCCACCUCCAGCUCUUAUACCCUGUCGGGACUGGAACCGGGCCGGCACUACCACAUCAGCAUCACCAGCCUGGCUGGCAGCCGGGAGAGCGAGCCAGCCACCAUCACUGCCAUCACCACUGCCCCGAGCCACAUCACCAGCCUGCGGGUGACGGAGGUGCAGAGGGACUCUGUGACUCUCACCUGGACCCCAGUCCCCGGUGCCUCUGGCUAUGUCCUCUCCUGGAGCCCUCCUGCAGCUGGUGGGGACAGGGGGCGGACGCUGCCCAGCACUGCCAGCUCCCAGCAGGUCCCCGGGCUGCGCCUGGGCCAGCGCUACACCUUCACCCUGCGGCCGCUCCUGGGGAGCACUCCGGGUGCCGAGGCGUCCGUCAGUGAGCGCACAGUCUGCAGGGAUGCCCUCGGUGACGUGGUCUUUCUGGUACAUGGCACCCGCAACAGCUCCUCUGGAGCCAGCGCUGUGCGCACCCUCCUCUCCAACACCGUGUCAGCCCUGGGGCGCCUGGGCCCUGAGGGCACACAGGUGGCCCUGGCCACGUACAGCUACCGCAGCCUACCCUGGCUGCUCCUCAACCGCUCCAGUGACCUGCCCACCGUGCUGGAGCAGAUCCGUGCCAUGCGCUACGAGGAGCCCAGCGGCAACAACAUCGGGGCAGCCAUGACCUUUGCCAGGACGUACCUGCUGAGUCCUGGUGCAGGGCGCCGUCCCGGGGUGCCAGCAGUGCUGGUGGUUCUGGCUGACAGCCCCUCGGGGGAUGAUGCCAUCACAGUGGCCAGGGAUGUCAAGGCUGGGGGGGUCCAGGUGCUGGCAGUGAGCAUGGAGGGGGCAGACCGGGAGCAGCUCCGGCGCAUGGUCACCAGUGAGGACCCACGGUACAUCUACCAUGGCAGUGACCUGGCAGAGCUGGAGGGAGAGCUCACCGAUGACCUCUGCACCAUCAUCUCCACCAGGCCAAAGCCAAAGCCCUGCACUAUGGAGUGCCCCAAGGGCGAGAAGGGAGAGCGCGGUGAGGCAGGACUGCAAGGACGUAUGGGACCACCAGGUCUCCCUGGGCAGCCGGGUCGCCACGGGCUUCCCGGCUCUCCAGGACCACCAGGACCACGGGGUCCACCAGGAGAGAGUGCUGAGGGUCCAGGCAAGAAGGGGGACAGGGGAGAGCCCAGGGUGUUCACGGAUGGAGAGCAGGGGCUGCCAGGCCAGAGAGGGGAGCCAGGUGUGCCGGGAGAGAAGGGUGAUCGAGGGGAAAGGGGCCCCCCUGGAUUCGUAGAUGGGGCAGUACCUCGAGGGGACCCUGGACCCCCAGGCCUCCCUGGGGACCCUGGGCCUCGGGGACCUGCUGGGCCCCCUGGGCUGAAGGGAGAGAAGGGUGAUGGCACAGAAGGUUUCCCAGGGCCACCUGGCCGCCCCGGAGACCCAGGAGACAGGGGCCCUCGGGGACCGCCGGGGGAGCAGGGCAGGAAGGGGGACCGUGGGGUGCCGGGCGAGCUGGGAGAGACGGGCGAGAAGGGAGACCGUGGUGUGCCAGGCCCACAGGGUGAGAAGGGUGAGGUGGGAGCCCCCGGGCACCCGGGGCCAUCAGGCAGAGAGGUGAGUCAGGGGUUCCCAGGCACUGCCAGCCCCCUGAGGUCUCCAAUCUCACCACAGGGAGCUCCAGGACCGACUGGCCCCCGGGGGGAGAAGGGUGACCCAGGACCACCUGGCAGGCCAGCUCCCAGCGUGGCUGGUGUUGGAGAGAAGGGUGACAGAGGUUUCCCAGGACCAGAAGGACCUCCUGGCCCCAAGGGUGACACAGGAGAUAAAGGUGCCCGUGGUCCCCCUGGCCUGAGCAUCCCCGGGCCAGCUGGCCCCAAAGGCGAGCAGGGCGAUCGGGGUGUCGUUGGCCUCACAGGCAGGAGUGGCCCAAAGGGUGACCCAGGAGAGCCAGGAGAGAAGGGGGAGCCGGGCCGAGCGGGCGCCCCGGGGCAGCCGGGGCUGCGAGGCAAGGAGGGAGAGCGAGGAGAGAAAGGUGACGAAGGCACCCCGGGAGAAGCAGGCCUGCCUGGCAAGCCUGGAGACAGGGGUCCCCGGGGCCUCCCUGGCUACCGUGGUCCCCCCGGGGAGAAGGGUGACUUGGGGGACCCAGGACCUGAAGGCAGGAAUGGCAGCCCUGGAGCACCAGGGAGCAAGGGUGACCGUGGGGACCCAGGGCUUCCUGGACCCCCAGGACGAGCUGGGGACGCUGGGGACCCGGGCGAGGACGGUGCCAAGGGUGCCCGGGGUGAUGCUGGCGCCCCUGGAGUGCCUGGAGAGAGGGGUGUGGAGGGUCCCCGUGGCCCCCCUGGCACACGGGGUGACCCUGGGGACCGAGGCCUGCCAGGAGAGAAGGGGGACCGUGGCCCACCAGGGAUGGAUGGCCACAAUGGGCUGGAAGGCAAACCUGGGCCCCCGGGGCCUGCUGGGCUAAGGGGGGACCCGGGAAAGCAGGGAGAUCCUGGCCGGGAUGGGCUGCCUGGGCUGCGUGGGGAGCAGGGACCCCCUGGCCCUGUGGGUCCCCUGGGCCCACCUGGCGUGCCUGGCAAACCCGGUGAGGAUGGCAAACCUGGCCUGAAUGGCAAGAAUGGAGAAGAUGGGACACCAGGAGAGGAUGGGAGAAAGGGAGACAAAGGUGAUGCAGGACUGCCUGGGAGAGAGGGUCGCAGCGGUGCCAAGGGCGAGCAGGGGGACAGAGGUGUGCCAGGCCCCCUCGGCCCCCCUGGCCUCCCCGGCGUCCCAGGGCAGGUUGGCCCCCCUGGCCAGGGCUCCCCAGGCCUCCGUGGGGUGCCUGGACCAAAGGGGGACCCAGGGGAGCCUGGACUGCGAGGGGAGCCGGGGCGACCUGGCAGCCCUGGAGCACGUGGAGACCCUGGCACUACAGUGAACAUUGAACGUAGCCUGGAAGCACUUGGCAUUAAGGUUUCAUCCCUGAAGGAGCUCACGGGUGCCUAUGAUGGGAGCUCAGACUCGUUUCCGCCGGCGGUCGAGCGGCUGCGGGGCCAGAAGGGCAGUCGGGGGGAUCCAGGAGAAAGGGGGCCCCCGGGCCGAGAGGGCUCCUUAGGCUUCCCUGGCGAGCGAGGACCCAAAGGUGACAAGGGAGACCCAGGUACCCCCGGCCCCCAGGGCCCCAUGGGCCGGGCCGUGGGUGAGCGGGGUCCCGAGGGCCCGCCUGGGCAGCCAGGGGAGCCUGGCAAGCCAGGCAUUCCUGGGGUGCCGGGCCGGGCUGGGGAGCUGGGGGAAUCCGGGAGGUCCGGCGAGAAGGGCGACCGCGGCGAGAAGGGCGACCGAGGGGAGCAGGGAAGGGAUGGCUUGCCUGGACCCCCAGGGCCCCCAGGGCCCAAGGUGGACGUGGUGGAGGGCAGCCUGAUGGGCCUCCCAGGGGAACGCGGCCCCAUCGGACCCAAAGGAGCCAAGGGUGAGCCCGGAGCCGAGGGCGAGCGGGGACCCAAAGGAGACAAGGGUGAAGGUGGCUUGAGGGGUGACCGAGGGGAGCCUGGCGAGAAGGGCAGGGACGGCAGCCCGGGCCUCCCGGGUGAGAGAGGGCUGGCAGGCCCUGAGGGGAAGCCGGGCGUGCCAGGCUUUCCUGGCGUGCUGGGACGCCCGGGCAAUCAGGGAGACCCAGGACCCCCAGGACCUCCGGGCAGCACUGGCCCCCCAGGGACCCAGGGCCCCGCUGGUGCCAAGGGUGAUCCAGGGGAACCUGGCUCCAGCAUCCGUGGCUUGCCUGGCCCCCAGGGCAACAUGGGCCUGCCAGGACCCCUUGGCCCCCCUGGCCCAGGGGGCCCGCCGGGUGUCCCUGGGCUGCCGGGACAAGUGGGGGAGAGUGGGAAGCCAGGAGUGCCGGGCAGGGAUGGUGUGCCAGGGAAGGACGGCGAGGCAGGAGUGCCUGGGAAGAUGGGCUUACCAGGACCCUCAGGGCCUGCUGGUCCCAAGGGAGAGCCAGGGGAUGCUGGAGCCCCAGGGCAGGCCAUCACCGGCCCCCCUGGAGCCAAGGGAGAGAAGGGAGAGCCGGCGCUGCUGGAGGGUGUGCUGCUGGGAGAGCCUGGCUCCAAGGGUGACCGAGGCUUGCCAGGCCCCAAGGGUGACAAGGGGGAGCCAGGAAAGUUUGGAGAGCCAGGAGAUCCUGGGGAAGACGGAGCCAAGGGGUCCUCUGGAGCCAAAGGGGAGAAGGGAUCAGUGGGUGUCGGUGCACGGGGACCACCAGGACAGGACGGGCCUCCAGGUUUGAAGGGUGACACCGGCUUGCCAGGAUUGCCAGGACCCCCAGGCUUGGCAGGCCCUGCUGGGAUGCCAGGACAGCCAGGCCUGAGAGGGGACAAUGGACAGCCUGGCCCUCCAGGUCCCCCAGGAGAGAGGGGUCUGAUCGGCUUUCCAGGCAGGGAUGGCACUGCUGGACCACCAGGACCUGUGGGGCCCCCAGGGCCAGCUGGCAUACAAGGGGCCCCUGGCCUGAAGGGGGACAAGGGAGCUCCAGGGGCCGGGCUGCCAGGAGCCAGAGGUGAACGUGGUGACCCAGGACCACGGGGUGAGGAUGGACGCCCAGGGCCUGAAGGGGAUCGUGGGCCAGCUGGCUUGCCUGGGAACCGUGGGGAGCGUGGGGACAAGGGAGACCUUGGGGCCCCAGGACCCAAAGGAGACAAGGGUGAUACUGUGGUGGUGGAGGGGCCGCCAGGAGCACGGGGCAGCAAGGGGGAGCCGGGAGAGCGUGGCCUGAAGGGCACAGAAGGGGACAAGGGGGACAAGGGGCAGCAAGGCAUGCUUGGAGAGAAGGGCACGAGGGGUGAACAAGGAGAGAAGGGCUCCAUGGGCUUCCCUGGGGCACGUGGCCCCAGUGGGCAGAAGGGAGAGGUUGGAGCACCAGGAGAGCCUGGCGAGCCGGGCCAGCCUGGCCGUGAUGGCAUCCCCGGGGCCCGGGGAGACAAGGGGGACAUGGGACCCCUGGGCAUGCGUGGCCUCAAGGGUGAGCGGGGCAUGAAAGGUGCCUGUGGCCUCAAUGGGGACAAGGGUGACAAGGGAGAGCCAGGGAUCCCGGGGCGCUCGGGGCUGUCAGGGAGGAAAGGCGAGCCGGGAGAGCUGGGCCUCUCAGGACCACCAGGCAUUCCUGGAAAGGAAGGGCUCAUGGGACCCAAGGGUGACCGGGGAUUUGACGGGCAGCAGGGAGCCAAAGGAGACCAGGGGGAGAAAGGAGACCGGGGUGCCCCGGGUGUUAUGGGUGGCCCUGGUCCCCGGGGCAGUGAUGGUGCUCCUGGCCCCCCUGGGCCCUCAGGGAGCGUUGGCCCACGAGGUCCCGAAGGCAUGCAGGGCCAGAAGGGGGAGAGAGGCCCCCCUGGACAGUCAGUGCCCGGUGCACGUGGCAUGCCUGGCAUCCCUGGUGAGAGAGGAGAGCAGGGCAGUCCUGGCACCCACGGGCUCCGUGGGGAGAAGGGGGAGCCAGGCAUGACGGAGGAGGAGAUCCGUGCCUUUGUCAGGCAGGAGAUGAGCCAGCACUGUGCCUGUGGUGGCCACUUUCCACGGCACCAGGACUCACGUGAGCACUCAGGUUGCAGCUCUUCCUUCCUAUCCCCCUGCCCCACACGUGUGGCACAAAGAGAGCCCUGGCACCCAGGAGGCUGGGGGGCUCAGGCCAGGAGCAGCUUCCACUCUGCCCAGGGAGCAGGAAGAAUCGUCCGUCAGGAGAACGAGCAGGACCAAACAGGGUCCUUCUCCACUCAGCCGUUCCUUGCUGGCAGCGCUCACAUAGUCCCUGUGCUCAAGCUCUCGCACGCUGAGGAAGAUGAGGGGCAGGACAGGCAGACCAUGCUCGACGACGACGACCUCGCGUAUGACAUGGAUGGAGAGGAGGAUGACUACGAUGAGAUCUCGGAGAUGGACAGCUUGGAGCAGCCCACAGGGGAUGCUGAGCCCUGCAGGCUGCCUCUGGACGAGGGGCACUGCCAGCACUACACCCUACGCUGGUACUACAACCAAAGAGCCGCCGAGUGCCGGCCCUUCGUCUACAGCGGCUGCCAGGGCAACCCCAACCGCUUCCAGAGCAAGGAGGAGUGUGAGCUGCACUGUGGACAGCACCCCGGGGCAGAUUCCCGUGGCAGUGCUGGCAGCAAGGAAGGAGGGCAGCCAAAGGUGUAGGUGCAGGUGGUGUCUGGGCAGGCAGGGCUGCCUGGAGCUGCCCAGAUGCUGCCCUGGCCGGGGCUGGGCUGCCCAUGGGGGCAGCAGCCAUGUGCCCACCAUCCCCAGCAGGAACCUGGUGCUAUUUCUAACCUGUCUUUAUGCUGCUCAUGGGUUUUUCAUUUCAUAUCAGUUUAUUGUCAUUAAGGUGAAAUUUAUGUCAAAUGGGAAAUUGCCUCCCAGCAAGGCUCUGAACCCCCUUUCCCACUGGGCUGUUCUCAGUUUGAUUUUUAAAUUAUUUGUUGCCAACAGAAGGGUUCUUAGUCCUGUUCCCUCUCUCUGGAAGCAGAGGUAGGACUUGGCAUAGUUGGGCUCCCUCCCCUCCCAUAAUGUCCUUGUACCCUUUCCUGCCCCCCACAGACCCCCAAACUCCCUCUCUGUUCCCUGUCUCUGCUGGGAGAACUGCCCACAUCCUUGUGCCAGGCAGUGCCUCUCUGCACAGCAUCCCUCACCCUGCAAUGAGCUCCAUCUGAAUAAAUUUCACCUUAACCUCAACUAGGGCCCAGUUCCCCUUUUGUGGCUGCAAUGGUUUGGCAAUGAGCUGUGGGGAGACUGGAGGCUCUUGCCAUGUGCUGCCCUCCAGCUCACACAUCUGCCAGCAGCACAUCUGGCCUUAAUCUGGGGGAUCUUGCCUGCAUCCCCAGGCCUGUCAGGGAAACCCUGAGGAUGGUGCUAUGUUAGAAGCGGUUCCUGCUCGCCCACACUUACUCUCAAAGGCUUUGUGAAAGUGAUGUCGCAGCCCCUGCUUCCCCCCAUCCCCAGGGCUGGGUAGGGACGUGCCCUUCACUGCCCCAGAGCCCCAGGGCUGCUGGGUGGGCUGUGUGGCCCCCACACGUCCUGCUGUUCUCUGUGUAUAUUAUAUACAGCAAAUGUCUAUGUGUACCAAUGCAGGGGGAUGUGUAUUAAAGCUGUGCUUCCAGGGA